AUGUUCAAAGCCUAUGCCUCUUCUGAAUCGUUAGUGAAGGAUGAAGAAGAAGAAGAAAAAAAGCCGAUAGUAACAUUACCAUCAAAUAACAAUACUACUAAUGAAAGUACUUGGCUUGAGAAUAGAUCGUUUUCUACUGAGCCGCCAACUAUAUCAUUCCAACAACAAUCAAAUGUUCCAAAAAAAUCAAAUCCAAUUCCUGAUAUUAAACCAAAAGAAGAAAAAAAACCUAUUAUUACAACAAAACCAAUUCAAAAUAGUAUAACGAAAAAAAAUGAACCUAACAAUGAAGUAUUUUAUUUGGAUCGUCGUCGUGAUCGUGCAAAUAUUACUGUUCAAUAUACUACUGGUAUUCCUCGGUAUGGAACGAAAUUUUGUAAUCAACGUCCAUUAGGUUCACGUAUUACAAAAUCUUCUCGUAAACAACGAAUUAUUCGUUAUUUUCAUCAGAAAACUGAAGAUACUGAGAAUCGAUUACCGGAUAAUUUUGUUACUGUAGAUAAUCGUCUUGAACAAUUGAAUAUUACUGUUCGUGAACAACCACAAUCAUUUGAAGCUUGGAAAGAAUUAAUUGAUUAUCAAUUAUAUCUCUUUAAAACAAAUGGACAACAAGAUAAAUUAACUGCAUUAUAUAAUAAACAGCUAGCAAUUGUUGAUCGAGCAUUAGAAGUGAAUUCAAAUCGUUUACAAUAUCGUUUAUUAAAAUUAAAUAUUCGUACAUAUUCACAUUUAUUUGAUCAUGAAAUACUUUUAAAUGAAUGGAAAAUUUUAAUAAAAGAUUGUCAAAAAUCAAGUGAUAAUAGAACAAUAAAUGAAACAUGGUUUUCCUAUAUAGAAUUUUUACUUAAUCGUAUUGAAGUUUUUUCAAUAGUGAAAUUAAAUGAUGAAUUUAUACAAUAUUUUUCAACAUAUGCAUAUCAUAUGCAAACACGUAGUGAAAAAGAAAGAAGAUUUCUGUUAUCUCAUAUGAUAGACAUGUUUCAAAUAUGGGCAUAUGUAUUACGUGAUGCUGGUUAUUGUGAACGAGCACUUGGUCUUUACCAAACAAUGCUUGAAUUACAUAUAGAUUUAACACCAGAAAAUAAUGUAGAUUUUUCAAAACGAUUAGAAACAUUUGAAAAAACUUGGGAUACUGAUAAAUCUCGUUUUGGUGAACAGACUGAUAUCGAUAAUCCAGUUUCGUAUAUUGAUAAAGAAUUGUCUAUAUUAUCGGAACAUGAAAAUGAAUUAUUUAAUUCAACUUAUCAAUCAUGGAUAUUAGUUGAACAAACAAGAAUAGAUUUUUAUCAAAAGAAAAUUCUUAAUCAUGGUAUUCAUUUUCAUACGAAACUCAUUCAAUCAUUAACAGAUUCUAGUCAAAUUGAUAAUGAUAUAUUAAAUAUAUCAUUUCAAAAAUAUAUUCGUCCAUUUCUAUUUCAAUUAAAUGAUCAACGACAAUUUUUACAAUUAAUUAUUUAUUAUCUUCAUUUCCUUAAUGCUCUACCACAAUUAACAAUUUUACAAGAAAUAUUAAAUAAAUUUAAAAUUUCAUUAUCAAAUCAUUUACAAGAACAAUUAUUUCUUGAUAAUGAAUUCAUACAACUUUAUUCAUUGAUACAUCCAAUAUCAAUAAUACGAACAGAAGAAAAUUUCUCAAUAGAAUAUAUUUCAAAAGUUUAUGAAUAUAUUAUUGAAAUACCAUCAUUAAAAUUAUAUAAAAUCGAAUUUAUUCUUCUUUAUUGGUAUUAUUUAGCAAGAAAUAUUCGAGAACUUAAACAGCAAAAUCCAUCUUUAUCCAAAGUUCGUUUAAAAUCACUUCAAACAAUCAUAAAAAAAUAUUUAUCAUUAGAAGAAUAUCGAACAUGUCUUCGUCUCUAUACACAUUAUGCACGUCUUGAAUAUGAGUAUUUUCAACGUAUCAAUGAUAGUCGUCGUAUAUUUGAUUUAUGUUAUCAAACGAUUCGAACAAAUCCAACGAAUUUUUCUUCCUACGAUUCAUAUAUUGAUCUAUGUCAUUGGCUUUCAACAUCAUUAAUAUGUGAAUUUAAUUUAAAUUCUUUAUAUGAUUCAAUGUUAAAAAUAAUCUUAGAAAAUUCGAAAUAUAUUUCAAUUGAUAAACAAAUCAAUAAGGAAAAACUUUGUUCAUCGAUUAAUUUUGUUUUAAAUAAAUUAUUUCCAAAUAUUCAAUUCAAUAAUAUCAUAACAUUGAUUAUUGAUUGUUUAAAAACACGUAAAAUAUCGAAAUGGGAUCAAAAAUCUGAACAAGAUUGGUCAAUAUAUUUAUGUCAAAAUAAAUCUUUAUCAUUUGAAUUAUUAUUUAUUUUUCUUAAUUAUUCAUAUUUAUUAAAUGAUCCAUUUGAUAAAAUACAUUCAAUUAUAUUAAAUUCAAUUAUACCAUUAAUUAAUGAACAAUAUAAUAAAACAAAUCAAAUUAUUAUUGAUUAUAUACUUCAAUUUUAUAUAUGUAUACUUUGGAAUGAAUUAUUUACUGAACAUCUUUUAUUUAAUCAAUGUACAAAUUAUUUAAAAGAAUUUUUACAAUCAAUACAAUAUCCAUCAAUAAUUUUAUUAAAAUUUACAUCGAUAUAUACAUGUCUGUUACCAUUAUAUGGUAGUUAUGUUAAUGAAUAUGAACAAACAUUAUUAAGUUAUAAAUCAAAUAAAAAAUUUGAAUAUCGUUUAAUAACAAAAAUAUGUGUUUUACAAAUGAAUUUAAUUCGACAUUUAAAAAUACAAAAUGCAAGUUCAGUGAAUAAAAAUUUUAAUUCCGGUUAUGAACAUCGUGUUAGACAUAUUUUAAGACAAUUGAUUCAAGAAUAUCCAUAUUAUGUUCAAUUAUGGUUUUUUUAUGAAUAUUUUGAAAGAUAUUCACCAGAUAAUCAUCGAAUUAAAGCAGUUCUUUAUGAUGCAAUGCAAAAUUGUCCAUGGGAAAAAGUAUGUUUAAAUUAG